CUUCAAAUGCACAUUCCCCCCACCACCCACACCCACACACAGAAAUGGCGCCUGUCAACGGAGGGAAGACCAUUCUCGGCCUGGAAAUCAAUCUGAUUCUAUUUUAUGUCGGAGUGGCGGGGGAGUGUGUCGUCUCUGUCUCGCAAACGGCUUACCUGGAAGUGGACUACACUUACGAGGCUGUUACCAUGGAGUGUUCCUUCUCUGCAACGGGGUGCCAGUCAGAGCCACCAACCAGCCUGUGGUUUCGCUAUAGAGCUAACCAGGCCGAGAAGCUGUACUUGGGAGGACCAAAAAUUAAGGUGGAGAUGGCCCUGGAAAAACGCUACGUGUCCCUCACAGUGAACAGGGUGACCCUCAAUGACAGCGGCAUCUACAUCUGUGGAAUAGCCUAUAGCAGUUCCGACUCAAAAGCUAAGCAAACAGGAGCAGGGACCAUGCUGGUGGUAAGAGAAACUAAGGUUCUCAGCGUGGAAAUGAAGAGUCUCCUGGCAGCUCUCUUAUUCCUGCUCUCUCUCUACAUUAUUGGUGUGGCUGUGGUCUUCAUAGUCCUCUCCAAAUCAAAAUCUAACUCUCUAGGAAAGAAAGAAACAGAAGACUCACUAAAGAAAAAGAGUGUUCGGCGUAUUUUUCAGGAAAUUGCUCAAGAACUGUAUAAUAAAAGACAUGUGGAAACAAACCAACAACCUGAAAAAGACAACACUUACGAAAACAGAAGUGCACUUACCAACUACGAAAAACCAUAGCAAAUUUAAUUUUCAGCAGUCAUGGCAGUGUUAACGGACGUAAGCCCAUAAGGGCUUUAAAUAAACAAUCAGAAGUAAAUGGAAGACAACCGGCUGCAAGGAAGGGUAAUGCCAUGGAAUAAGGAAACUACAACAGUAAUUACCAAAAUAUUAAAACCAAAAACAAUGCAACUGAAAAAUUCUUCCUUUAUUUGCUAGGAAAAUUUUAAGAAGGCUAACAUUUUUAAAAACUUCCAUUUUUGUGACCUGUAUUUAUGUACUAUGUAUAUCCUGCAUUUGCCUGCUCCUGAAACGAGACGUGUGAUGACUGUUACCCUGGAGAUCGGAAGCACAUCAUGUGCCUGAGUCUGAGUGGAAGCGCUGUCACUGCAGGUUGUAGAAGCGAUACGACAAUGAGACUAGGUUGGAGGAGGAAGAAAGUGCCAAAAGCUAAGUUAAAGAAAAUCCACCUUGAAAAGCACCUUGGAGCAAGUUAUUUCCUCCAGUAUUGCAAUGGGUGAUGCAGAGCAUCACAUACAAAAUCACCGCCUCAUGCUACCUCCAAAGUGACUCGGACAGAAGAGAGACUAGAGAAGGGCUAUGAUCCCUACAAUGAAUAAAAUCCAAAGCAGAGGGCGAAACAGAAAACGCCUAAGAACAAAUAAGCCACCACCGACUCUAGAUGUCAGUGUUGGGCCAAACAAACAGCAGAGGAAGGGGCGGGCAACACAGGGCACUUGCCUUGGCAAAUCUGAUCUUUCACUAGCUGAGGGAACUAUCAGCUGAGCAGCUGGCUACAGCAAAGUUGCUCGUGAAACUCAUUACCAUAUCACUAAAAAAGACAUGUUAUACAGACUGCUCUUUGAAAUAAUCCACGUAAAAAGUUUAUUAAAAUACCCACAAGUGUGCAUUAUUAAACAUAACUUACAACCCACUAUAUCUAUUUCAUUAAAAUAUUUCUUUACAA